AGGCCGAGGUGCAAGGUGGUUGGUGUUUAUCUGGAUAAGAUUCUCCAGAAUCAACAUCAGGAGUGUGAAGGCCACUAUUCUGACUGCGUGGAACCUAACGAUGGCAGUAGCUGUUCGCCGUCGCCGACAGUUUGGAAUAGCUAUGGUCGUCGUUGUCCUCACAUUGGCAGUCGUACGAUACACACGGUCACCUGGCAUCACCAGCUCUACCAUUCACCGGGAUUUGACGAGAUCUAACGUAAUAGGUUCUCGCACGGGAAACAUCCAAGAACAGCCAAAGAAGCCAGAGGUCAAAACAAAAGAUACAGGUGCUGUUGCCCACACGAGUACAACAGCUAACCCAAAGAAACAGGUUCACCAAGACAAAGUACUUAGUGAGGAACAAUAUUUUGCCAAGAGCCCCAAACAAAUUACCCAUCUUGAUUUUAAUUUUACUGUUACUGGGUCACCUGGUUGCCAUAGCAACCCCUAUCCUUUGCUGCUUGUGCUGGUGAUGACAAUGCACGACCAUGUGGAAGAAAGGGAGGCAAUUCGUGACACGUGGGGCAGCGUUGUCAAGACCAAAAAAUGGGGAGAUGCGGACAUUCAUGAAAAUACCAUGAUAUUGUUCUUGCUGGGAAAUCCAGACAACAGUUCAAAAUCCGAUCGCAUUCGUCAGGAGAAUGAAGUACACCACGAUAUCGUCGAAGCAGACUUUAGAGAAUCCUAUUAUAAUCUGACCUAUAAAGUUUUAAUGGGAUAUAAAUGGGCAAAACAGUUCUGUCCUGCGGCAAAGUACAUUCUCAAGGUGGACGAGGACACGUUUAUCAAUAUGGCCGCACUUGUGAAAAUUCUGGGAACUUUAGAUUUGAAAAACACUGUCAUGGGACCGUAUUUUGAAACAGCAGCAGUUGAAAGAGGAGGCAAGCAUCAGUUGGGCAAGGAGGGUUAUCCUUUCAACUUCUAUCCUCCGCAUGUGAAGGGGAACUUUUACGUAAUGCCGACAGAACUGGCAUUCAGAGUUCUGGAAGCAGCGGAACACAUGCCCUAUGUCUCCAUAGAGGACGCCUUCAUCACGGGGAUUCUAAUGAAAGUCAUCGGGGGCAAACAUAUUGGUGUUUCCCCAGCAGCCUACCUGCCACAGGGACCUUUCAACAGAAUAUGUGAUUUUAACCAACCAUUCAAAUUUGCAUCGCAGAAGGUGACUCCAAAUAUGGCUAGGGAAAUUUGGAAGAUUAUAUUAGGACAGAGAAAGUGUUGAUGAACAUGUGAGAGUCACACUAAUGUACCUUUCUGAUGCGAAGUGUCAGGCAACUAACGCAUACUCAUCUUCCCGAGGCAAGAGAGUUAACUGAAUAUCAAAGUGCAGUUUCCACCCUUGCCGAACUAGGCUGUUAUCAUGGAGUAACAGUUUGCUGGACUCACGAGUCUAUACAUAGUCCAAUCAAACGUGUAGCUAAAAAUGCACCAACAUGGUGGCGCUGCGAUCGAGCCCAGACUUCCAGCCUAGUUCGGCAAGGAGGGAAACUGGAAACUCAACUCUUUUACCUCGGGAAGAUGACACAUACUGUUUUAAGCAAAUUGUGUGAAUGGCCGGUGCUACCGGCUUACCGAUUACGCAGACACCUGGUGUCAUCACUGAUUUUCGGUAAUCUGAUAAAUACAACACGACGACGAGAAACUAUUGCGCGCAAUAGGCAUGAUUGAAGUUGGCCAAUCACAAGAUUCAGUUUCCAGACACUUUGGUAAAUCUUAACUUCUGAUAUCUCGACUGAUGGAACGAUAUCGUUAAA